UACAAAGACUGUCCUCUGGACACCGUAUAACAUGCCCGAUCCCAAGGCCCUAUAUGUAUGUGUUAUGAGAGUGUGAGUAAUGUGGAUGUCUAGGUUGUGGAAUAAAAUCAGUCUGCUGAUAAAACAGUGAGCACAGUGAGAAGAUCUUCACUGAGCUGAUCCAUCUCAUCUCAUAAAAUUGAGGCACAGGUGACCAGGAGGGGACAGAGGGGGAACGACCUUUUAUUGCUUUUUUCUACAACAAUUUCUUAGUUCAGCUGCAGUAUUUGAUAUCCUGUAAUGACUAAAAUGAUAAUUUAAACUAAUUUACAUAAAAAGAUUGUCUUUUAAAUGUUAAGGUUAUUUAACAACUUUAAAGGCUGAGCAGUGCUAUUUUUAAAUGAAAAACUCACAGGCUCACAUGUUCCAGGAUUGAAUUAGUGUCUGAUAACCCUCCCUCUUCCUGCUCUCUAACUCAGCACCUCCUCUCUGUCCACAUGUUCCCUUGUUCCCUCCCCUUCUGAUCUGCAGUUUGAAGAUGGGUGCAACCAACAUGUGGUGACGUAUAAGAGCUGACAGAUCCCAUUCGCUACAGAAACCUAUGUUGUUUAGAUCAGAGCAGUUUCAGUUCUGAGGAAGUGAAACUCACACAGUCACUGACACUGUUGGGUGAAAUGGCGCAGAAAAGUGUUCAGCUGGACCGAGAAACCUUCUCUUGUUCGAUCUGUUUGGAUCUACUGAAGAAUCCAGUGGCUAUUCCCUGUGGACACAGCUACUGCAUGAAGUGUAUUGAAAGCUUCUGGGAUGAAGAGGAAAAGAAGAAAAUCUACAGCUGCCCUCAGUGCCGGAGGACUUUCACAGCGAGGCCUGUCCUGGUGAAAAACACCAUGUUAGCAGUUUUAGUGGAGGAGCUGAAGAAGACUGGACUCCAAGCUGCUCCUGCUGAUCACUGCUAUGCUGGACCUGAAGAUGUGGCCUGUGAUGUCUGCACUGGAAGAAAAAUGAAAGCCUUCAAGUCCUGUUUAUUCUGUCUGGCAUCUUACUGUGAGAAACACCUUCAGCCUCAUUAUGAUUCACCUACAUUCAAGAAACACAAGCUGGUGGAGCCCUCCAAGAAGCUCCAGGAGAAGAUCUGCUCUCGUCAUGAUGAGGUGAUGAAGAUGUUCUGCCGUACUGAUCAGCAGAGUAUCUGUUAUCUCUGCUCUGUGGAUGAACAUAAAGGCCACGACACAGUCUCAGCUGCAGCAGAAAGGACUGAGAGGCAGAGAGAGCUGGAGGUGAGUCGACAAAACAUCCAGCAGAGAAUCCAGGACAGAGAGAAAGAUGUGAAGCUGCUUCAACAGGAGGUGGAGGCCAUCAAUCAGUCUGCUGAUCAAACAGUGGAGCACAGUGAGAAGAUCUUCACUGAGCUGAUCCAUCUCAUCCAGAAAAGAAGCUCUGAUGUGAAGCAGCAGAUCAGAUCCCAGCAGGAAACUGAAGUGAGUCGAGUCAAAGAGCUUCAGGAGAAGCUGGAGCAGGAGAUCACUGAGCUGAAGAGGAAAGAUGCUGAGCUGAAGCAGCUCUCACACACAGAGGAUCACAUCCAGUUUCUACACAACUACCCCUCACUGUCAGCACUCAGUGAGUCUACAGACUCAUCCAGCAUCAAUAUCCGUCCUCUGAGCUACUUUGAGGAUGUGACAGCAGCUGUGUCAGAGGUCAGAGAUAAACUACAGGACAUUCUGAGAGAGGAAUGGACAAACAUCUCACUGACAGUCACUGAAGUGGAUGUUUUACUGUCAGAUCCACAAGCAGAGCCAAAGACCAGAGCUGGAUUCUUAAAAUAUUCAUGUGAAAUCACACUGGAUCCAAACACAGCACACAAACAGCUGUUAUUAUCAAAGGGGAACAGAAAAGUAACAAGGAUGUAUGAGCAGUCUUAUUCUGAUCAUCCAGACAGAUUCACUAAAAGGCGUCAGGUCCUGAGUAGAGAGAGUCUGACUGGACGUUGUUACUGGGAGGUGGAGAGGAGAGGGGGAGGAGUUUAUGUAGCAGUCGCAUACAAGAAUAUCAGCAGAAAAGGAGAUGAAUGUGUUUUUGGAUGGAAUGACAAAUCUUGGUCAUUAUAUUGUAACAACAACAUCCAAACUCGUGUCUCAGGUCCUCGUUCCUCCAGAGUAGGAGUGUACCUGGAUCACAGAGCAGGUAUUUUGUCCUUCUACAGCAUCUCUGAAACCAUGACUCUCCUCCACAGAGUCCAGACCACAUUCACUCAGCCGCUCUAUGCUGGACUGUUGGUUUACGAUGAUUAUGGAGACACUGCUGAGUUGAUUAAAGUGAAAUAGACUGAAGUCUUUCAUAUUGUUGUAAGUUUAAAUCUGUAUUUUAGUUCCCUUUUAGUUUCUCUCCAUCAUUAUUGUGGUAUUUAUGUGCUGCACAUAAAUCAGAUGUCAGUCAAACAUUAUGGGCAGUACCUCGACAUCUUCAACAUGUUGUCUUGAUGUUUUUACGUUUUAUAGGUGGAGCUCUUUCCUGUGUCUGUUCAGCCAUGGAGACUAUCAAUGCUUAUGGAUAUUUUUAUUUGAAAAAUUUCUCCACAUGACAACAUAAACUUCUCUAUCUUCUAAAUGUUUACUGAAUAAUUUUCUUAGGUAUUUGUAUGUUGUUGUUUCUCUUCACUGAUCUUAACAGAGAAGUCUACAGACCUUCCUUUAUCACACAGAUUUUAUUCUCAUUUGUACAUUUAUAAAGAAAACAAUUAAUUACAGAGCAAUAAGAAAUUUUAAGAAAGUGCACUAUAUCAUAAUUUAUAGUAAAGUGUAUUAAAGCAUCGUUAGUUAGUCACUUAUUUAGUUUGGAGCUGUAUCAUCUGACACUGUAGAAACAUUUCCUCCAGCUUCAGCACAGAAUGUUAAAAACAGAACUAUUAAUGAGAACAAACAGUAGGAACACAGUAUCAGCAAACAUCAUGGCUUAAAAUGGAGAGUAAAAAUCUAAAAAGAAAUAAACAAAUUAGUAAAAAGGAUUUCCUGUUGACAUGUUAUUGGUCCUAUCUUGUCUGCAGCACCUCCAGGAUGCUUCUUAUAUGUUUCUGGUUAUUUUUGCACCAAUUUUAGUUUUUGUCAGUAGGAAGUUCAAGUUCAACUCAGUGUGUUUGUUUGUUUUUUUUUUCAAACUGAUGCCUGACCUUGAACACCAAACAUCUGUCAAUAAAGCAAUGAUAUAAAAUGCUUAUAUUAGUACUGAAAAACUGCAUAUCCACUUUACAAAUAUAAAUAAUGAUAUAAAUCCACAGCUGAACUGGAGGAGCAGCUGAUCUAGUUCACUCAUGUGUUUCUGGACUAAGAGUUGGAGCAAAUACCUUAUGAUUCAGUGAUGUUUGUUUUUGUUAAAUAUUUUGUAGAUCCAAGAGUGAGUUUGACUCAUGAUGAUGAUGUUCCGAAUUAAACAAAGUUGGUCACAAAUUCUUCAAAGCUGUUUAUUAAGAAUAUAUUCACUUGGACUCAUGAGACAGGCUUGUGAUCCAAGGGAGCCAUCAACUGGACAAUUACUGACAUGACAACAAAAAAGCUAAGUACAGAGGGGGGAACAGAGGUGAAAAUACUUGCUUUAAAGGAUUGUAAUGUUUCCUUUUAAAAUAAGUCUCUAAGGUCAGACAAAGGGACAGAAACUCAUAGCUUUCUACCAGCCCAAUGACAAAACUAUAAGUUGUUUUUUAACAUCUACUUUUUCAUCUAUUUGGCAGUCACAGUGAAAAGUAUAAACAUUGGCACGCUUUGUCUUGUGAUUCUGCUGUUCGUAAAAAAUGACCAUGCGCAAAGUACCAGACUUUAAGGCUUUGACUUGAUGCCAAUGGCCUGAGGAGGACAGUAUUACCCUUGGACAUGUGUAGUCUGCCGUCUACUCAAUAGAAGAAGAAGAAGCGCGGAAAUGGCACAACUGUCUUCAGUUUCUGGGAGAGUUUAACAAUGAGAGACUGAUGAUGCAGAAGAAAUCUCCGUGGUUAAAAACAUUAAAAACAGUCGUCCAGGAUGAUGAGAUCCGCCACUGGCUCAGACUGCUGUAUAUCAGCCGGAGACCCGAGAUGAAGUCACGCAGCAGUCCCACAUCAACAUGAAGUGUAAGGAGGAGGAAGAUCUGGCUGGCCAGCAGGUCUGGAAGCAGGAGAGGAACUUCAAUCUGGACCAGGAGGACACAGAUCCCCCACAGAUCAAAGAGGAACAGGAGGAACUCUGCAUCAGUCAAGAGGGAGAACAGCUUGUAGUGAAACACGAGGAUGAAGGCAUCGUCGUCUGGAGCGGGGAAGAGCGGCUCAGACAGCUGCGUAACAUCUGGAAACCUGAGAAAGAUUUACAGACCAGCGACCUCCACCAGCAAACUGCCUGUAAGGAGGAGGAGUUUGUCGCCAAUCAGCAGGAGAGGAACUCAAGUCUGGACCAGGAGGACCCAGAUCCUCCACAGAUUAAAGAGGAACAGGAGGAACUCUGCACCAGUCAGGAGCUGGAGGAGAUUGUACUGAAGCAGGAGAUCAAUAGUUUUAUGGUGACUUCUAGUUUUGAGGAAAGUGACCUCAGUGAAUCAGAACCAAACGAUGACCAGCUCCUUGCUCUUAACUUUCCUGAACCAGAGCUUGAGGAACAGGAAGAAAACCAGCAUGUGGACUCGGGAUCAACUAGAAAUGCGGAGCUGAAGAAAAGGAGACGUCACAAAAACCGAACAGAUAAGUCUCGGAGUGAAACUGAUACAAGUAAAAAAUCUGUAAGCUGUGACACUUGUGGAAAAACUUUUCAGUGUAAAUCCAACCUGACGAGACACAUGAGAGUUCACACAAGUGAGAAGCCACAUUCUUGUAGCACCUGUGGGAAAAGAUUCAUUUGGAAAUCAGGAUUGGAAACUCACGUAAGGAUCCACACAGGCGAGAAGCCACAUUUUUGCAUCACCUGUGGGAAAAGAUUUAAUAAGAAAUCCGGAUUUGAAAGUCACGUGAGAAUCCACACAGGCGAGAAGCCGUAUUUCUGUAGCACAUGUGGGAAAAGAUUUGGUAAGAAAUCAGGACUAGAAACUCAUUUGAGAAUCCACACCGGUGAGAAAGCGUAUUCUUGCAACGUCUGUAGGAAAGAGUUUAGAGACUUGUCGACUAUGAAAAGUCACAGAAGGAUCCACACAGGUGAGAAACCAUAUAUUUGUAGCUCCUGUGGGGAAAGAUUCAGUUGGAAAUCAGGACUGAAUUUUCAUCUAAGGAUCCACCUGAGUGACAAACCAAAUCACUGCAGCACCCGAGGUAGAAAAUGACCUCAUGCUCCAAGUCACGGUACAUUUCCUGUCCACAGCAGUGAAGGGCACUCUAUGUUGUUUGUUCCAGCCCUGACUUUAUGUUUCUCUAAGUUUGAUAUUUUUUUUAUUGGUCUUUAAAGGUGACACAAAUAUUUAUUGAACAUGGAUGCUCUUUUAAUAUUUACCACAGAAACUUGUAUUUCUUCUUCAGUAUAGAAGAAAACAAACAUGAAAAUGAGUUUUUCAUCACUUGUUCCUUGUAACAACCAUGAUGUGAUUCCUUUUUAUCAGCCAAUAAAUAAGUUUUGAUACACAGGAAUAAAGAUUUAAAAAAGUUCAAGACAAGUAUACAAUUUUUAUUUAAAUAUGUUUUCUUUGUGAUUUAUGUUAAUGAAGGUUAUACUUCAGUAUGGCUUUGACCUGGUUGUCCUGGUUAUUCUUAGCAACAUGUUGCAAGAUUUGAUUAAAAUGUUUGUGACUUAUUUUGUGUAUUGUGUAAUCCCUGCUAAAUAAAAGCAGUUAAAUGUGCUAUAUUGGCUCAUGAUAAGUGUUUAUAUCAUUUUGCCUAAAUGCAAGUAAACUCAAUGUUUGCCAA